AUGAAUAUCAAGCAUCCAAUAGAGUUGAUCAAGAAAAAAGUGAAUUCAGAUGGCAUCACUUACAAAUUUAGAUGGAGUAACAAUUCUGUCUCUAUUGAACCCAUGACUCAAUUAACUCAGGAAAUGUUAGUGUUGGUCAAUGAUUAUGAAUUGAGAAAUUUGGGAUUUGAUCCUCAAGAACCAAAACCAUAAAAACACAUCAAGCAAGAUUCCUAAAUGAUAAGAUAACCUGAAGAACAGAAGAGAGAGAGGAGACAGAGUGAGAAGAGAGAUAAAUCAUUAGAUAAAGCACCUGAAAAACAAAAAUAAGCAAAAGACUCCGAUAGCGUCUAGACUAAUAAUACUACUGGGAACACUGCUCAUAAACCAAGAAAAAGCAAGCCUUGUUAAGUGAAAUCAGUUAAACAUGAUUGUGGGAGAAUAGAAUUCUUUGUUUGUUUUGAUGAUUCCACUGAAUCCAAAUGGGUAUCACUAGAGGAGAUGAAGGAGAAAGCUCCUUUGGCAGUUUGUGAAUUCUUAUUGGGGAAGGUCAAGUAUGGAGGAGGAGGAGCUAGCAAUAAAAAAUGA